AUGAAUUUAAAUCCAAGAACUGGAAGCUUUGUAUUGGGAUUUAAAAACUUGACAUUUAUUGCAGAGUCAAAAAAUCCGUUCAUCAAAAAAGAAAAAAAAUCAAUUCUUAAGGAAAUUUCGGGAGAAUUUCGAGGGAAUGAACUUACAGCAAUUAUAGGAUUUAGUGGAAGUGGCAAAAGUACACUUUUAAACUGUUUAUCUGGUUUUUAUCAGGAUAAUAUCAGCGGAACAAUCACCUAUAAUGAUAACAUUAUUUCAACUCGAAAGAUUAAGGAAGUUUCUUCAUAUUUCAUGCAGGAACAAAUACUUCAUACUUUUUUGUCUGUGAAUGAGUUAAUGAACUUUGCGGUCAAUGUCAAAUUAAGACAGAAACUUACGAAUAAAGAAAAAGAAAUAUUAAUUGAAGAAAUUCUAGACAAAUUAAAUAUUAAAGAUAGAUUGAAUAUUCUUGUUGGAAAUCUUAGUGGUGGAGAAAGGAAGCGAUUUCAAAUUGCUAUUGAGUUGGUUGGUGAUCCAAAAAUUUUGUUCUUUGAUGAACCGACAACAAAUCUUGAUAUUGUUGCAUCCACACAAUGCAUUAAAUAUUUAAAAGAUAUAACGAAAGAAGGACGAACUAUUAUCAUCACAAUACAUCAGCCUUCAGCAAUUAUGCUUAAUUUGUUUGAUCAUAUAUAUGCACUGAAUGACGGGUAUUGUGUUUUUCAAGGCACAAAUAAAAACUUGAUAAGAUUUCUUAAAGAGCUAGAAUUGCCGUGUCCAUCAACAUAUAAUUCAACAGACUUUUUAAUGGAAGUAGCGAAUAAUGAGUAUGGAAACCAUAGUAAUCUCCUGGUUGAAAAAACUCAAAAUGGAUUGAAUAUGGAUUAUAGAAAUAAAUGCACAACCACCAAUUCAAUUGAUAUAUUCCAAAAAACCACAGAGUUUACAGAUUACUCUGCAACAUAUUUUCGUCAAGUUUAUUGCCUUGCAGUCAGAUUUUAUUUAACAGUCAUACGAAAUAAAUCCUUACUUUACAUGAGAUUUGGAGUUCAUAUUUUGAUUGCAAUUUUUCUUGGAGCAAUUUAUCAUAAAGUUGGAAAUGAUGGAGCUUAUGCAUUAGACAAUUAUCAUCUUAUAAUAGUGUCUAUAACCUUCGUAUUUUAUACAUCCUAUCAUACACAAUAUGUUACUUUUCCUCUAGAAUUUCCAAUAGUUAAAAGAGAACAUUUUAACAGAUGGUAUUCAGUAACAGCAUAUCAUUCCUCACUGAUAAUAUCCGAUGCACCAAUUUUGUUUUUAAGUGUUACAAUUUUCGUAGCGAUGGUAUAUAUCUUGACUGGUCAAAUUCUCGAGUUAAAUAGAUUUUUAAUUUUUUUGGGAUUCUUCUUGACAUUUUCGUAUGCUGCACAAGCUUUAUCAAUUAUGUUUACGAGUCUUCUUGAUGCACAGCACGCGUUACUGAUUGCACCUUACCUCUUAGUUCCAUUUUUCGCAAUGUCAACUGUAGGUUUAUUUGCACGAGAUACAAUUCCUAUAUUUAGACCAUUUUUCGAAUUAAAUUUCUUCAAUAUGGGAAUUAAAGGUGCUGUAAAUUCUAUUUUUGGAUUUAACAGAACAAGACUCGAAUGUGAUGACAUUUAUUGUCACUUUAAUGACCCAAAGAAAAUACUACGUGAUUUUGAAUGCGAUAUAGAUGUUAUGCAUGCUUUUUAUACACUUUUAACUUAUUUUGUUGUAUGCCAUGCGGUAUCUUUUGUUUUUAUCAGUUACAGACUUAAAUAUAAGCAUUAA